GGAAUCCCAUCUUUAUUAAGUUUCUGGGUCUGUUGCUAUAUUUAUAAUGGCGAGUCAAAAAGUAAGUUUCUCUUUAUUUCAUACAUUUAACAUGACCAUUUUUACUGUUAACAUAUAAUAUAAAUAUUAAUAUGAUAAUUAUUGUCAUAUGUUUAGCGGUGGAGCCUGGGUAUGAGUGUAACAAUUGAAAUUAGGUGGGUAGAAUCUGGUCGUGAUGUGGUUUGCGGUAAUUUCCACAAAAAUUGCUCAGUACAGGAUUUUCCUGGAAAUUUCUCACUGAGCCACUGCAUGUACCUUUAUUAGAUACUUUGGUGAAAUUUUCAAAAUAAUUGUUAAAAUAUAAAUGUAAUAAAGUUGAACAAAGCCAAUUGAACCAUUUACAAAAACACCAAAAUCAACUUUCUAGCUCAAGUGGUUCAAUAAUAAAUAAUAGUUACGUUAUUAUUAUUAUGUAUUUUUAUUUUUUAGUUUUAGUGCUGGCCUCACUCAAGUCCACCACCAAGUAGUCCAUUAUAGGUAAUCUACCACUUGAGCUUCGGCCAAGAAAAAAUCCAGUUGUUCCUGUUGGAAGGGCUAUUUAAAUAACUAUUCUUACAUUUGAGUCUGUUAAUAUUUUUGCUUCCGUAUAGAGGCUAUAACUAUAAAGUUAUUAGGGGUGUGCCGGAUCCGUUUUUUCCAACCGGAUCCGGAUUUUCUUAUGCGAAAUCCGCCGGAUCCGGAUACCGGUUUCUCCCGGAUUCCGGAUUUUGGUACUAUUGGUAGAUACUUCGGUAAGUCAAGGUGGACUACUACUUUUUGUGUAUGGGAAUUCGCAAUCGGCGCCAAAAAAUCCGAGUUUUUAAUUUUCCGAUGUGUGUGUCUAUUUAUUAUUAAAUUAGUACUUUCGAUAUAUAUUUGAGUUCCGUUCCAUUUGGAUAAGUGUCUUACGAGAGACGCCAUGUUUCUACGCGUUCGCAGCAGGUUAUGCAGCUCGCUCAACCUAAUUUCGCCAUGGGGUUGGCCACGCCCCCCUUUUUAAUGGCGGAAGUUGACGAUACUUAGGAAAUAUUAAUUUAUUAUCACUAUUUACAUCAAAAUAAUUGAUAACUUGUGUUUCAGAAUGCAUUUAAAGACAUUUAAACUGGAAUGUUUUAAUUUGAGCUUUAACAACCCGGUAGAAUCCAUAUUAUAAAUGAUCAGAAUUUACCGUGUGCAACACGUUGUCAUUGGCAACCAUUCACAGCCACUUGCAUAACUGUAUCGUAGUACUACCUCAGAGUUUCAUUCAUAAGAGUUUGCCGUGUGCAAAAACUAUUAAACCAUUGGUCAGGGAAAGCUUUAAUUAAUUAUUCAUGUGCCAAAGUUGAAAGUUUAAACUAAGUCUAAACAGUAUUUUAGUGAUAAGGCAGGGAAUGCGUUGCCUUAUAUAAACUAUAUAGUCAUUGCGCAUGACGGGAUUGGUGGAAUGAGAUCACAGAAUGUGGAGAUGCAGUCCAUGUUAAAAAAUGACAAACCAAGUCGUACUUUAAAAAUUCAUAACUUUAAAACUACAACAGCUAAAAAUAUGAUUUUGGUGUUAUAAUUCUUUAAAAAAUUACAUCUUUUCAACUAUGCCAUUGGUUUAUUUUUACAAAAAGUUUAAAUUUUCUUAUCAAAGUCCCUACACUAUUGGCCACUAUUAGCGGUGCUGACUCUAGCCUCUGGUAUGUACGGAAUAUUAAACAUUAAACAAGCUCAACGCUCGAAACAAUCGAUUAAUGUAUCGUGAUCGUGUGAAAUUCGGGAAAGAGAAUUACUUUUAUUUCAGAUUAUGAUCCGGUGAGUCACAAAAUCUGGCAAAUUCCGAAAUCCGGUAUAUUCCGGAAUCCGGUUGUUCCGGAUACAUGUAAAUCCGGCGGAACCGGAUUUCACCGGAUAGUGCAAAAUCCGGCGGAAAGUUAUAUAACACAAUACUAAUACAUUUAAAUAAUUAUUACUGCCAAGCUACCGAUAUGCCAGGAAGAAAAAGAAAAAACAAUAAUUUUUUUGAUCCAGAUAACGCGGAUGUCCACACAUGUGGAAAACGUGAAUGCUCAGAAAGCGUAAAAGGAAAAGACAGUUUGGCACAAGAUUGAAGAAGCGCCGGUGAUCUUUCCCCUUCAUAUUUACAUGGAUUCAUGUACCACAACCAUUUUCGUGGAAAUUAUAUUUUUUUAGACUUCAUUGUCAACUUGGGGGAGAACUAUGCAUAAUUCCAUUUUCACACAUUACCUUCUAUUUUUAAAAAAAUGUCUAUUAUUAUGGGAAUAAAUACGUACAACCAAUGUCAUUAAAAAUAAUAUAAGAAUAGUUGUUUAAAUAGCCCUUCCAACCGGAACAGCUGGAUUUUUUCUUGGCCGACGCUCAAGUGGUAGAUUACCCCAAUUAUAAUUAAUAAAAAAAGAAAGCAAUUAUAUUAUUUGUGUUUACUUAUCAGUUAUUAUCAUAUCAAUAAAAUUAAGAAGUAAACCCUUUUCAUGAAAAUUUAAAUUUUAAAAUGUACCAAGUUUCAGCUUCAUAAUAACAACAUCACUGACAUCAGGUUUUGAAAUUUGAGAUGAUGUAUAAUGAAUGCCCAAUAAGGUUUAAAUUCACAAACCCUUUUUACUCCCUACUUACUACAUUAGUCCUUAGGUGCCUUAGAAGAGGGGCAGGGAUUCUGAACAUCCUUUCUUAGUAUGGGACGACAAAAUUAAGACAAUUUUGAAUGGACCUAUGAAAUUUCACACUCCUAGAAAAGCUGGGCAUUUAUUCAGGUCUCAGGAUAUUAAUAUAGGCCAUUAAUUAAAUAGUAUAACAUACAUUUUUUGGUACUUAUUGUGUUUGGACAUAAGUUAAUCGAAAUGUAUUUUGAUUACAUUGUACACAUUCGUUUUUAGCAUAUUGGCAUAUUGAUAAAAAUUCUGAUUAAGAUUUAAAAAUUUGAACAAUUUAAACGUAAGACAUUUUAAAGAAUUUCUCAAGCAGCGCAAAUACCAGCAAUCAUAUGUCUUAAAACCUUAAUUCCUUAACGGCAGUAUUGAUAAAGAGGGAUUAUUUCAUUUUAUAAUGGAUGGUGAUGCAUGAUAUUGGUAUUAAUCUUUGACUUUAAUCUUUAAUAUUGUGCGUCCCAUGUGACACUGCUAGUUCUGUGAUUGUCAUGGAACGAUGAAAGCAACUAUACUCUGACUCUGUACGUCAUAGGGUGUGAAAAAAUUGUUCACUCAGUUUUUCAUCCUAACUGUAAUGACCUGGGUUUUUUGAUGUUGUUAGUAUUUGGGGUGUAAGGACAGGUAAAAAGUCCAGUCUUGUGAAUGGGAGAAUACCUAUGGGAUGAAGGUGUUACCUAUGAAAAAGCAUUAAUCUGCUGUCAGAAUGGGGCUCAGACAGCAUACUUUACCACUAUUCUUAGUAUGCAGUGUAAAGAGUAUAAUGUUCCUUUAUUACAUAAUAUUGUCACUCUUUAGACUUUAGUAUUACUGAUCAUCAAUCACUACAACGUGUGCAGUGUUUCCCAAAGUUGUAAUAUUCAUUAAAUUACUUAUCUAUUACAAAUAAUUAUGUUAAUAUAUUGAGUUUAAUUAAUUAUACAUUGAUUGUUUACAUGAAUUAUGUGACAUAAUAUUUCAAUACAUUUUGUAUGUAUUGAAUUUUAAAAAUCAUAGUUUUUCUAAGAUAAUAUUCAAUCGAGUAGGUAUAGUAUACUUGUGACAUAUUCAUUUUUAAUCAGGGAACUUUUUUAGCCAUUACUUCAAAAUAAAUUUUUUUACGCAGACAUCACCCCCAACGAUUUGAUAGGUAGAUUAUUUGAAUUCAAAAUGGUUAUUUAAAUAUUUUUAUUAUAUUUCCAUGGAAAAUGCAAUAGAGUUUUAUAAAAAGUAUCAAUUACCACUAAUGCCAUAUUAUAUUGUCUUUCUAGAUGCAAGGACAGACUUUUCUUUCACAGACCAUGCUAUUUACAUUUCAUUUACACCUAAUGAGCCCUCAAUACCCCCAAAGAUUUUCAUUUUUACCUCACUUGUGGUAAUUUAUCCCUGUUUCCUGAACCCCUGGGAAAAAAAAUUCUUUUAUGGUAAACAUAUGCAUAAAAAAGAAGAGGUUUACUAAUACUAAAUGGCUAUCACUUGAAGAUGAUUUAGAAAUGGUUUUAAUCCUAGGCUACCUAAUUCGAAUACGCUUCUAUGCCCUUGUAAUUUCAAAUAUUAAAUUUACAGUUAAAUAACCCUAUAUUAACAAAUAAUGCAAAAGUAAUUAUAAAAUACCUUUUUAUCAGGUAUUGUUGCUUUCCUUUUUUUUUUAGUCGGAUGUGGAAGCUCCUCCUCAGUUUUCAGAGAGGGACAAUGUACUUACCGAAGAUGGACUACCUAAUUACUCUCAAGCUACUACUUUUGGUAAGCUUUGCAAAAUAUAAAGGUCAUUUAUUAAUGAUUGUAACAAAAAAUUCGGAAUACAUUUUUAAAACGUUAAAAUUAUUUUCUACUAUUUAGUGUGUUAAACUCAUUUUUGAAAGAAAGUCUCUUUUUUUACGUUGGUUUUAUAUUUUUUUAUUUUUGUAAUCAUUACUUUAGUUGUUAAAUAGCAAGGUGUAAUUCUGUAAUGUGAAACAAAUGUAUGUCAUUGGACUUUGUAAGGUCUGUUUGGAUUAGAAAGGUUGACCACUUCCUGAAACCUCUUGAAAUAAAUUACAUCUACUGUCUGUUGGCCCUACUAAAUAAAAAGUUCUGCAUUUGAACCAACUUAAGUUAAGUCAUCAUAGUUGAAUUCUGUUUAAAACACCACAUGCUGACUGCAAGUCUUUACAGCUUUGUUAAAAACAAUGCAUACUAACUGCUAUUACAUUUUAAAAAUGACCUACAUUACUUAAAUAUUACUUUUUUCAUAUGGCUAACAUAUGUUUAGCUUUAUCUUACACCACAACUAAAAGGUGAUGUUUUCUGAGCUUUUUAUUGAAUUUUUCAAAUUGUUCUAAAUUCUGUAUUUUUUUAGAUUCCCCACCAUCUUAUGAUUCUUUAUUUGGAAGAGUCAAGGCCGCCAAACAAGAAUCCACUGGGAUUUUUAGUUUCUUGAAAACAUUCUUCAUUAUCAUCUUAUCAACAAGUAAGAUUUUUUUAAGCCGUUUUUUUGGGUUGUUUUUUGUUUUCUCCUAUCUUAUAAUAUGUGUUUGCCUUCUCUUACAUUAUGAAGAUAAGUGAGUAAGGCUUAUUAUAAUUUAGAAUUUGUAUAAACAUUUGGUUACACGCCCGUUCACAAUAAAUCAGGAAAUGUAAAAGUGAGAUUUGACUUAUGAAUAUUUAACUAAUUAUAAGGAGUAUUGGAUUGCAAUAAAGUUGAACCUGUAUUGUUUUAUUUACAUAAAUUGUUUUUGACUAAUUAAACUUAUUGAUAUUAACUUGAAUGCUUUAGCAUCCUUAAGAUAAAUUUCAUGAACAAUAAUCAGUAACUCAACAGCUAAUUAGAUUCACUUCUUUUUCAGUUGGCUUCACUAUUAUAAUUGGAAUUUUAAUGGCAGUCCCCAUUUCUAUGAUUGUAAUGGGUAAGCCUCAGUAUAUAUGGUUCAGUGAUUUUUACAACUUGCAUAAGGAUGAUGCUCUGUUCAACAUUCAGUUUUGUUCUAUCUUUGCCAAAGCUUUACUUGGAUUUAAUAAGCUCUAUUCAGUGCAGGGUCAUAUUGAAGGAAAGUAUUCUUUCCAGAUAAAUGUUGUUGUUGUUUGUUUUAUUUUUGUUGUUGUUGUUUGUUUGUUGUUGUUUUUUUGUUUGGGGGGGGGGGCUGUUUCUGCGCACUCAAAAGUAGUAAAAAUUUAUUACAUUAAAAAAUGUCAAUCCAUUAUGAAGCUAGGUUAGAGAGAUUUUUGUUUAAAAGUUGGAAUUUUUUUUUAUGUUAUAGAGCUGCUGAGUCUGUUAAUAUUUUAAGUUUCAAACACUCUGGCACUCAAACUAGUGGCAUAAGUUGAGCUGUAAUGGGAAUGUCUUUUAUUUUAUUUUUUUAAUGAUAAAAAUAAACUGAUUAAAUAUAAGUAAUGUACCAAAUGCUAAUUUUUCUAUUCUCUAGCUCUUUUUUUUUCUUUUUUUUUUUUAUAAUGUGUAUCAUCCUGAUAAUUUCAAAAAAUAUCUUUUUUUAUUUUCUAAGUUUUGCUUUUAUUUCAUUUGUGUUGAAUGAUCAUUGAAGAUUAAUUUAAUUAUUAGAGUUUAUUUUUUUUUUUUUUUGUUUUUUUUUUUGUAAUGAUAAAAUUAAAUUGUUUAAAUAUUAGUUAUGUACCAAAUGCUUGUUUUUUUAUUCUCUAGCUCUUUUUUUUUCUUUUUUUUUUGUAUAAUGUGUAUCAUCCUGAUAAUUUCAAAAAAUAUCUUUUUUUAUUUUCUAAGAUUUGCUUUUAUUUCAUUUGUGUUGAAUGAUCAUUGAAGAUUAAUUUAAUUAUUAGAGUGUCUUUUUUUUUCUGUUAAUAUCGCUCAGUGUAUGUAUGUUUUGUACGACAGGUUGCAUUCCACACAGUAAGAAUUUUCUAUUUCUGAACACUUUUUUUAAAAAAACAACUGGAGUUACAUUUUUCUUUAAGGUGCCUUAUACAAAGAUGACUGCCCGAUUGACCACUUGAUACCCAUCUACCUUAUCGUUGCCGGAUCCUUUGGAUGUGCCAAAAACCUAUUCAGCUUUAUCCAGAGAUGCCGCAAAUCAGAAGCAGAGCGGGAAGAAGAUCAGAAAAAUGUUAAUCCUUUUGAGACCAUCGUCAACUGCUUUCUGUUUGCCUGGUUUAUUGCUGGUGAGUUUUCAUUCAUGCUUUUGACUUGGGGUGCUACAACACUCUUUUAUAUCAAAGUGAUUUCUCUGUUGCACUCUUAACAGAGCAGUGUAACUGGAGACAUUUGUUUCAAAAUAAUUUGUUUGUCUAGUCAAGAAUCUUCCAGUAUUUCUGGCAAAGUUGUCUAGCUUACACUGUCACCCUAUGCACUCAGGAACAGGCACUCUGAAUACUAGAACACCAACAGUUGAUGACAUAAAAAUGGUUCUUCUUUUCUUCUGUGUAUCUGUUACACAGAUCCACCUGGUUGAAAAAUAUCCUCAGUCGAAAAAACUAUUUAAAAAAACACCAUCUAUAUCUCACUAAUUUUCUAAUGAACUCUUUCCUUAAUCAACUGCUGUGAACUCUCUCUGGAUCUCACGCCUUAUAUUCACAUACUUGUUUAUUAUGCUUUUCUCCUGUAAUCCAUUGUCCAUUUAAUCACAAUUUUACAACUCAUGACAGAAAAAGUGUUCAUACUAAUGACAGUGAUGCUCAGACCCUUCAUCAUCAUCAUGUCCCUUAUUCCUUGGAUCGUUGUAGCACCACAGAUGACAUGAAAAUUAUCCUCCUCCAUUCCUCUCUGGUUUUCUGCACUUCGCACAGCAUACCCUUGACAAUCAGUUUAGUCAUUAGUGAAAGUGAUAAUCUUUAUAUAUAUUUUACUGCUAGGUUAAUUCUAUAAUUAUUUAAGCCACAAAAAAAAAGUUUUUAAUGUUAACUUGCAAAUGGUUUGCUAGAUAAAUAUUAUAAAGAAGAUUAUCAAGCCAGCAAAUUCGGUGGAGGUUUGCAUUACAAAAACAUUAGGCAGCUUCCAAUGAUAAUUUUGUACUAUAAAUAUAGCAGAGAACUUCCUGUCAUGUAUAUAUAGUUACUGAUUUGACCUUACUGAAACUAUGUAGCAGAAUUUUAAAAAAUGAGAAAGGAAUGAUUGCUUUCAUUUCACUUGUUCAAACAUUUUUAAAAUGUUUGUGUUUUUUUUUUUACAGGCUGUGUUUUCAUCUAUAGGAUCUUUGAUGAUGUCAAGUUUGAUAACCCAAGCGACCCACACUACUGUCACAGGACCUUGUAUUGGUAUUCCUUCUGGAUAACCACAGCAGUUUACAUUAUCAUGGGUGCAUCCUGCUGCUGCGUCUGCCUUGUAGGUUGUCUGGCUGCUCUUUUUGGAAAUCAAGAAUGAUGCAGUUAGUUUUAAGCUUGAUCGGCUUUUUUAUGAUGUAUUGGUUCCUCUAUUGGGAGCUGGUGGGAGAUCCAUGUAAUGGCUUUAUUUUAUGUUGUGGCUCAAAAGGGGCAGCGGGUGGAAUUUCUUCUCCUCCUGUUUCCAAACUGACGCUAAACUUUGACCCAAGUGAUGGAUGUGAUGUCCUAUUCAUAAAAGCUGCUGUGAAUUAUUUUACUUUUUUUAAAUUUAAAAUACUUAAUAUUAUUUUCUCCUUUGUUUGAGUUUGCAAAAGUAUUAUUACUUGCCAGUGUCAACACCGAUCUUUCACCCAUUUGUUUUUUAAGUGAGGAAUAUUGAUCAUAAAACCUUGUGGUGUUGAAAGUAAAGAAUCUCUCUUAACUUACAUUUAAAGAAACAUGUUCAGGAUAAAAAGAAUAUGUGUAACAUUCGCUAACAUAAGUGCCUGGAACAGUUAGUUCAGUUACUCUUUAUUAACUAAUUAUAAAAAGUGUUGGACUGCGAUAAAGCUUUAAAAUAGAUUAAUUAGACAUCAACAAUUAGUGUCACUAUAACAAUAUAAUUUAAGCUUUAAUAAUAGUUAUACAUAAUACAUUAGUAAACGUUUCGGCACAUGCCUUCAUCAGUACAAU